CCUGCUGCCGCGUGACGUCACGACGCAACAGGAAGCUGCCGCUCCGCCCGUGCACUGAAAUCCGAGGCCAAUCCCGCUUGAGCUGCUAUACCGCUCUUGUCUUCAGCGCGACCUGCCAACAACAACAACAAGCUGUCGCUUCCUCUGCAGAAUUGGUCUGAUGGAGCAAAUGCACUCGGCAGGGCGCGGUGCAAAAAGGCAACAAUGCGACCAGCGUGCAAACAGCACGGAUCAUCCUGGAAAUUUGACACGACACAAGAGAACUCGCACAGGAGAGAAACCCUUCAAGUGCACUGUGUGUGACAAGGCAUUUGCACAGUCAUCUGCUCUUGAAACACACCAGAGAACACACACGGGAGAGAAACCCUUCAAGUGCACUGUGUGUGACAAGGCAUUUGCACGGUCAUAUGUUCUUAAAAAACACCAGAGAACACACACGGGAGAGAAACCCUUCAAGUGCACUGUGUGUGGGAAGGCAUGUUCACAGUCAUCUGAUCUUGAAAGACACCAGAGAACACACACGGGAGAGAAACCCUUCAAGUGCAGUGUUUGUGGGAAGGCAUUUGCACGGUCAUUUGCUCUUAAAACACACCAGAGAACACACACAGGAGAGAAACCCUUCAACUGCAGUGUGUGUGGGAAGGCGUUUACACGGUCAUCUGAUCUUGAAAAACACCAGAGAACACACACUGGAGAGAAACCCUUCAAAUGCACUGCGUGUUGGAAGGCAUUUUCACAGUCGUCUGAUCUUGAAAAACACCAGAGAACACACACGGGAGAGAAACCCUUCAAGUGCACUGUGUGUGACAAGGCAUUUGCACAUUCAUCUGCUCUUAAAAAACACCAGAGAACACACACGGGAGAGAAACCCUUCAAGUGCACUGUGUGUGACAAGGCAUUUGCACGGUCAUUUGCUCUUAAAACACACCAGAGAACACACACAGGAGAGAAACCCUUCAAGUGCAGGGUGUGUGUGAAGGCAUUUACAAAGUUAUCUUAUCUUGUAACACACCGGAGAACACACACGGGAGAGAAACCCUUCAGGUGCAGUGUGUGUGGGAAGGCGUUUGCACAGUCAACACAUCUUCAAGUACACCAGAGAACACACACGGGAGAGAAACCCUUCAAGUGCACUGUGUGUGACAAGGCAUUUUCACAGUCAUCUGCUUUUGAAAAUCACCAGAGAACACACACGGGAGAGAAACCCUUCAAGUGCAGGGUGUGUGGGAAGGCGUUUUCAAAUUUAUCUCAUCUUGUAGCACAUCGGAGAACACACACGGGCGAGAAACCCUUCAGGUGCACUGUGUGUGACAAGGCAUUUUCACAGUCAUCUACUCUUGAAACACACCAGAGAACACACACGGGGGAGAAACCCUUCAAUUGCACUGUGUGUGACAAGGCAUUUUCACAGUCAUCUGCUAUUAAAAAACACCAGAGAACUCACACGGGAGAGAAACCCUUCAAGUGCAGUGUGUGUGGGAAGGCAUUUGCAUGGUUAUUUUCUCUUAAAACACACCAGAGAACACACACAGGAGAGAAACCCUUCAAGUGCAGUGUGUGUGGGAAUGCAUUUGCAUAUUCAUCACAUUUUCAUAUUCACCAGAAAACUCACACAGGAGAGAAACCUUUCAAGUGCACUGUGUGUGACAAGGCAUUUGCAUGGCCAUCCGCUCUUCAGGCCCACCAGAGAAAACACACAGGAGAGAAACCUUUCAAGUGCACUGUGUGUGACAAGGCAUUUGCAUUGCCAUCCGCUCUUCAGGCCCACCAGAGAACACACACAGGAGAGAAACCUUUCAAGUGCACUGUGUGUGACAAGGCAUUUGCAUGGCCAUCAGUCCUUCAGGCCCACCAGAGAACACACAUGGGAGAGAAACCCUUCGAGUGCAGUGUGUGUGGGAAGGCAUUUUCAAAGUCAACUGUUCUUAAAAAACACCAGAGAACACACACGGGAGAGAAACCCUUCAAAUGCACUCUGUGCGAUAAGGCGUUUUCAGAUUCAUACAAUCUUUUAAUACACCAGAGAACUCACACAGGAGAGAAACCCUUCGAGUGCAGUGUGUGUGGGAAGCCAUUUGCACAUUCAUCUACUCUUGUAAUACACCAGAGAACACACACGGGAGAGAAACCCUUCAAGUGCAGUGUGUGUGUGAAGGCGUUUGCACAUUCAUCUCAUCUUGUAGCCCACCAGAGAACACACACGGGAGAGAAACCCUUCAUGUGCAGUGUAUGUGGGAAGGCGUUUGCACAUUCAUCUUCUCUUAUAGCACACCAGAGAACGCACACGGGAGAGAAACCCUUCAUGUGCAGUGUGUGUGGGAAGGCGUUUGCACAUGCAUCUCCUUUUGCAGCACACCAGAGAACACACACAGGAGAGAAACCCUUCAAGUGCAGUGUGUGUGGGAAGGCGUUUGCACAUUCAUCUCCUCUUGUAGCACACCAGAGAACACACACGGGAGAGAAACCCUUCAAAUGCACUCCGUGCGGGAAGGCGUUUACACUUUCAUCAAAUUUUCAUGUCCACCAGAAAACACACAAGCAUCAGAAGAUCCACAAGGAGUGGAGUCUGAAAACAGCUUGUGAAACUCAAAAUGCCGCAAUGAGCCCAUCCCUCAUCAAACAAGAACCGGAAGAAUAUCCCAGCUUGGACACUUGUAAUGGUAUCGAGGUGGAAUAUGAAGAGGUGACGGUUAAAUGUGAAGAAGUGAUGGUGAAGAGCGAAGAAGUGAUGGUAAAAUGUGAAGAUGAGGAUUCAACUCCAAAAUGGGACCUUCACAUCAAUGGAGGCAACGUGAAGCAGGAGGAGAAUUCUGACUGUGAGGCAGAGCAAGGCAACUCCCAGCAGUUUGUGGAAGUGGAGGUGUGGGUGGACUUCCUCCGAGACAAGACAAAGUCAAAUGGAGACCCGGUAGAUGCGUAAGCUUGAGACGAUGUCGCCCCAAUAGAUGCACCUUUGUCACAGGCCUUUAAUGACAAGAACGUGAAGUUGAACACUCAAUUCAUAGGUUCAACCUGCAGAGUAAGAGCAGCCAGUCUUUGUGGACCUGUGGGUUGGUUAGGUCUCUAACCAGAAGCGAGAGCCAAAAAGCUCCCAAGCAUUCACUAUGUUAUCAUAAUUGCAUUUAUAUGGUGCCUGCUUAAUCGCCUUGGCAAUUCGGAGUUUUGUAUCUCAUCUCGAACACUCGAAGAGAAUCCCCAAGUAGCAGCUGCCCCUGUGUGGCACAAGGUGGUGGCCCUGCAUCGGCCUGCAUGUGGACGAGAGCCUGUCAGUAGGGGGCGAUGGUUGAUGUGUCAUGUCAGUUGUGGAGUUUGUAGGUAUUGUUUAGAAUUUGCUACAUUUUGACCCAGACGCCAGCAUGCAAUGGCCUACUCGUUUUGAAUGACGCAAUAAUAUGUUGUACAUACACUGUUAAGCAGAUGGUGCGUAUGGUUUUUUAAAAAGCUUCGUAAAUUAGGAGUGGAUUCCUGCAGUAACGAAAGCUUCAAAUCAAGAUUGAACUGCCUCUACGGGGAGCGUUUCCACACAUCUGUUAGAGCUUUUAACAGACUGAGACCAGAAGGCUCACAUGAUCGAGUCUCUCACCUUUCUAAAGAGAUGCCGCGACAACAAGGAAGUGUCUGCCUCUGGAGCAACUCAUUGUCUUUGAAAUGGGGAGCACACUCGGAUCAUUCAUCAGUUACAAGGCAUACCACUCAAAAGUUACGUGUAGGAGGUACAUUCUCUACAACACGAAUGAUAAUUUGUUGACGUAGAUUUUGUCGAACGAGGACUAGAAAUGCUCCUUGCCGAUUAACGUCUGGAUGUUCACAACCAUGGGUUGAAGCAAGCCGGACCGCCUUUGGCGCCUCCGAACAACCAUUUACCGCCUUGGGCCAGGAAAGUCACGAAAAAAAUUGCACACAAACGACGCAUUCACGCAAGCACCCGAUGCUCCGUUUUGAAGUUUGAAUAGUAUUAUGUUUCGAAUUAGAUAAUUUUAUUUCUUAAUUAAAAGCUUAUAUCAUUUUACAUCUGAAAAACUUCAUAAAAAAAAAAAUUUGUGUGAAUUUUCUCUCGUCAUUAAGUAGAUGGCCUUGCUGGGGGUUCGGUUCCAUGCGGACUUUCACCCGUUUGGGAUUGCGGGAUCGAGAUAAGGCAACACAGCUGGCCGUGCGAGAAGACCGCCGUCUGCGAUCGAUUCCAACGUAAUCGAACGUCUGUCCCUGUGCCUCCGUCGUUUGUGCAGCGCCCCCUGCAUGAAAACGACGGCAAGUGCAGCAGAUAUAUGAAAUUGUGCACUUAUACAGCGUCUGUCCCACCGCAGUCAACGACUGUCAGUAGCAGCAGGCGCCCGUUCAACUCCCACGACUACACGCCACUCAAACUUGCUCCGAACACACAAAGACAAAGAUCCCCCAUAUGGCCUGGAAAGAAUGUUGGGGCAAGUGCUGUUAGUGAGCGCCUAACACAAAUAUAAAGAUCCCCCGUAUAGCCUUAACAGACUGGGGGCAAGUACUGUUAGCACCUAUUAAGGGUGGGACAGCACCACGCCCGGCCGCCUUUGUGUCCCUAGUGUUGUGUAUAUGUAGUGCUCGACACGACAGCUUCUUGUCUUUCCUCUUCACUUAAUUUCGCAUAUUUCGAUCAACGUUCCUCCAGCUAACACCGAUCCACGGUUCUCCUCCGCGCUCUCCGCUCGCUCGCCGCGUUCCGCGGGCCUCACUCGCUCCCCAUCACUUCUCCGUCGACUCUCCUCUCCACUCUCUCUGCCACAGUUCGGCUGCUCCUUUAUCAGCUCCGCCGUCCCACUCUGUCGUAACUACAUCAGCUUCUCUUCCCACACUCCAGCCGCUUCCUACUGGCUUCCUCGUCUCACUGCUACCCUACACUGCUCCACUGCUACCCUACACUGCUCCACUGCUAUGCUAUUCUACACUGCUCCACUGUUACCCUACACUUCACUGCUACCCUACACUUCUCCACUGCUACCCUACACCUCUCCACUGCUAUCCUACACUUCUCCACUGCUAUCCUACACUUCUCCACUGCUACCCUACACUUCUCCACUGCUACUCUACACUGCUACUCUACACUUCUCCACCGCUACCCUACACUGCUACCCUACACUGCUCCACUGCUACCCUACACUUCUCCACUGCUACCCUACACUUCUCCACUGCUACCCUACACUGCUACUCUACACUUCUCCACUGCUACUCUACACUGCUACUCUACACUUCUCCACCGCUACCCUACACUGCUACCCUACACUUCUCCACUGCUACCCUACACUUCUCCACUGCUACCCUACACUGCUCCACUGCUACUCUACACUUCUCCACUGCUACCCUACACUUCUCCACUGCUACUCUACACUGCUCCACUGCUACCCUACACUGCUCCACUGCUACCCUACACUUCUCCACUGCUACCCUACACUGCUAUUAGCUCUGCUGCUCCGACUCUUCCAUCCUCUGUCUCCUCCCAGGCUCGAACUCCUGUCUCCUCCAAAACCCCCUCUUUUUAUCCCCGAGCCAAUUAAUCCCCAAUGAAUCUGGGGCACCCCCCGCGACGCCACUUGCCUCCAGCCCACGCUGGCACCUGGCAUGUUUUUCCCGACAAUGCGGCGCCACUCCGCGACAACAACACCCUCUCGGCCAAUCGGCGCCCUGCGUCCUUAAUUACUCCCUGCCACCUGCUACCAUCCUCAGACAGCGCCGCCCCACAUCUCGACAACAACAACGACGCCCAGCCAAUUGGCGCCCCGUGUCCUUAUUUGCUCCCACUGUACGCUGCGUGCGCGCACACCGACCUCUGCGCGUGACGCGUACUUUCAGGCACUACAUAUAUAGGCCUUUUCCCUAAAUUGAUUUUAAUAAUUCGGCCAUUAUAUUUUUUUUAUAAUAGUCAAUCGGGGUGUAGCAUGGGGCACGAAAAAGGCUGAGGCACACCCUCACCUCCCACCUCGCCUCUCACAAGCCACACAAGAAGGCAGCUCGAGAUAAGCUGUAAAAUGUAAAAAAAUAAACCCCGUUGCAAGGUGAGGGGGCUGCUAAUGAGAUUUUGGGGAAUUCUCUACUGGGCUUCAAAGACCGCCAUACAACACGGACGCAGGGCAGGGACAAUCGGACAUUACAAGUGGCGUUUUUUUACGGUAAAAGUUCGAAACUUAGCGACAAGAACAAAUCGACAUUAUAGACUGCAGUCUAGAUUAGUGGCUUUUAUUAUUACUUAUUUUAUUUUAUCCUUAUUCACCUUAUUGUUUCUAUCUACGUGACUUUACCGAAAGAACCAAAGUACAUGAGUUCCGCAAAUCACGAAAGCUUAAGUCAAAACGUAGCUAUGUCUCCAACCUCGGGAUAUCAAAAUAUAAAUCUAGAAUAAGAAGCACGGAUUUCUGGCGACACAGAGAACAAAAUUUGAUAAACCCUCGGAAUACCUGUGGUAACAACUAGGUAGAUCACAUAUCUUGGUUAAACAUAAACCAAAUAAUAAUUAUGAAGUAUUAGACCGAGGGUCAUCCAGAUGAAAUACAAUGCAAAACAGGUCAAUCACACACGACCAAAAUAAUAUGCAUUCCAUACAAUCAGAGCCGCCCAACCACCUUUGUCUUCCAGAAGCACGUGGUAGCAAUAAAUUACACAUGCAGGGAGGGCGCCUCCCCUUGAGAUGUCAAGCACCAUGAAGUAAUUCCAAACCACGACAGAAGUACUGUAAACACUGUUCAAAACAUACCUUGAGUCACAGAAUCAACACCGCAAAAAGGGAUAAAUAUUAAGAUAAGGGGUAGAAAAUAAUGUUUCUCUUUCUCUCAACUCUUGUAUAUAUUUGGUCUUGAAAAAUUAAUGAAAAUAGAAAAAAUGAAAAAAAAAUGUAAUUUUCAAAAAUGAUGCUAAUUUGUGUAGACUUGACCUUUGGAGGAGUGUGCUCGACUUCCGAGUCCGCACGCUCGUGGGUAGUCGUGAGCUGCUGCUGCUGGUCCUGUGCGAUGCUCGCUUGGUCGAUGCUUGACGCUUUUCCACCUUUUCUCCAGGUUGAUUGCUUGUCGUUGCUCGUCACUCUUUCUCUUUCUCUCUUGCUGCAGCUGCUGGUGGGAGCUGGCACUCAAUGUAGAAUACAACUUUUAGCGAUGCUUCGUCUGUCAGUGCCGAACUCGUACUCGGUGACACAUCGCUACUCUGCAAGCCUCGCCAUCCUUGGUCGAUUGUGGGGCCCACUCCCGGAGCUUGCCGCAGCAAGACCCUGUUGCAUGAUCUGUGUCCUUGCUUAUAUGUGAAAUUCUCCCCUCUCUGCGCGUCGCUUGUGAGAGAAAAAAACCGAUGCCCUCUGUUUUGUUCUCUUCCCGUGGCCGCAGCCGCCUGGUUGCCCCCAGUUCCACCCCUCUCUGCCUUCGUGGUGUUUGCUAUCUCAAGGGGAGGCACCCUCCCUUCAUACGUAUUUAUUGCUACCAUGUGUUGUGUCAAAUUGUUGGGAGACAAAGGCGGUUAGGAGUCUCUGGUCCUAUGGAAUACAUAUUAUCUCGAUCGUGUGUGUUUGACCUAUUUUGCCUUGUAUCUAUUUGGACUUACCCUAGGUCUAAUACUUCAUGAUUAUUGGUUUAUGUUUACCAAGAUUCGUGAUGUAUCAUAGUUGUUAACACAGGUAUUCUGAGGGUUUUAUUAAGCUUUGUUCUCCGUCUGUGUCACUAGGAGUAAUAUAAGUAAUAAUAAAAGCCACUAAUGUAGA